UUCCAGUCUCUGCAAGACCAGCGGUGGUUGGUAUUUUUCCGUUUGGUAUUAUUUGAGCUUGUGGCUGAACGAGCCGCCAUUGAUAAAACUUCACCCUCCUGCUAAGUGCUGACAGUCUUUCCAGCUCGUCUGUAGAGAGAAGAAAACGCGAAAAGCUAACAUCCGCCUUCAGUCGAUCGCACUUCAGCUGAGCUCUCGAGCAGGUAGCUGGCGAUGGCGACCGGAGUGCCAGGACGGCUCGUCGGCUCGGAGAUUCAUGGAUUCCACACUCUCCAAGAUUUGGACGUGGUGAACACGUUGGAGGAAGCGAAAUCGCGAUGGCUUCGUCCUAAUGAGAUUCAUGCCAUCUUGUGUAACCACAAGUACUUCACUAUUUAUGUCAAGCCUGUCAACUUGCCCAAGAGUGGAACCAUUGUAUUGUUUGACCGUAAGAUGCUUAGGAACUUCCGCAAAGAUGGUCAUAACUGGAAGAAGAAAAAAGAUGGAAAGACUGUUAAAGAAGCUCAUGAACAUUUAAAAGUUGGUAAUGAAGAAAGAAUUCAUGUAUACUAUGCACAUGGCCAUGAUAGUCCAACUUUUGUUCGACGGUGUUAUUGGUUGCUCGAUAAGACUCUAGAACACAUAGUGCUGGUUCACUAUCGAGAGACCCAGGAGCUGCAAGGAUCUCCCGCCACACCUGUGAAUUCGAAUUCCAGCUCAGCAUCUGACCCAUCUACACCUUGGCUUUUAGCUGAGGAGUUCGAUUCUGGAGCUGGUCUUGGAUAUUCUGCAGGCGAGAAACAACGUAUAGAUCUUGGUAAUUUACCUGUGAGCGAUCAUCAAUUGAAGCUCCAUGAGCUCAACACACUUGAAUGGGAUGACCUGGUGGCAAGUGAUCCCAACAAGUUGACGCCCUUUGCUGGAGAUGUGGGCUCCUAUCUUGACAAGCAAAAUCAAGUUUCUAUGAACGGAUCUGCUAUUUAUCACCAUGGCCUUCCAUCCUCUAAUACAUCCGAGGAUGCUACCUCUGUAAAUCAAGUCAUUGCCCCAUAUGUCAACAUUGGGACCAGUUAUACCAGUACUGCAGAUGGUGUUUAUAGUCAGCCGGGUAAUCUCCAAGUAAAUUCAAACUGGCCAAGCACGGAUCCUCGGGUGAUGAACCCUGAUUCUUCAGUGGACAUUUUACUUGCUGAUGGUUUGCAAAGUCAGGAUAGUUUCGGAAGGUGGAUUAACGACGUAAUGGCCAAAUCUGCGGUUUCUCUUGACGAUCAACUGCUUGAACCUUCUACCUCAUCCGGUGAUGGGUCAUCUGCUUCUCCAUCAAUUGGUGAACAUCAGUAUUCUGUUGAACACUCAUUUGUUAUAACUGAUGUCUCUCCUUCUUGGGCCUUUUCAACUGAUACCACAAAGAUUCUUGUUACUGGUUAUUUUCACGAGCAGUAUCAGCAUCUGGCCAACUCCAACCUGGUUUGUGUUUGUGGUGAUGAUUUUGUUCCCGCUGAGGUAGUCCAAACUGGGGUAUAUCGCUGUUUCUUAUCUCCUCAUUCCCCUGGAUUAGUUAAUCUCUGUUUCAGUUUGGAUGGUCAUAAGCCGGUCAGCCAAGUCCUGAAUUUCGAGUACCGCAAGCCUGCACGGCAUGUUGAUGAUGUGGUGUCAACCGAUGAAAACUCCAAGUGGGAACACUUCCAUCUCCAGAUGCGACUGGCUUAUCUGCUUCUAUCUACAUCCAGGACCCUAAACCUGGUAAGCAGUAAAGUAUCCCCGAGUAGCCUGAAGCAGGCUAAGAAGUUUGCCAACAAAACCUCCAACAUUUCCCGCAGUUGGUCAUAUUUGUUCAAGUCGAUCGAUGAGAAUAGGAUCUCACUGGCGCAAGCCAAAGAAGACAUGUUUGAAAUUGCUUUGAAGAACAUACUUAAGGAUUGGUUGUUGGAAAGAGUGGUUGAAGGGUGUAAAACCACUGACUAUGACGCUGAAGGUCAAGGAGUAAUCCAUUUGUGCGCAAGACUUGGGUAUACUUGGGCCAUUUACUUGUAUUCAUGGUCAGGUUUGUCCAUAGAUUUUCGUGACAAACAUGGAUGGACAGCACUUCACUGGGCAUCUUAUUACGGAAGGGAGAAAAUGGUUGCGGUCCUUCUAUCUGCAAAGGCAAAGGCAAACUUGGUCACAGACCCAACUGCAGAUAACCCUGGUGGAUGCACUCCUGCUGAUCUUGCCGCAGCUCGAGGAUACGAAGGCUUAGCAGCUUACCUAUCUGAAAGAGCUCUGGUCACACAUUUCGAGGACAUGUCAAUAGCUGGGAACAUCAGCGGCUCACUACAACUGGCUUCUGCUGAACCCACUAACGUCGAAAACCUGAGCGAGGAAGAACUAUACCUUAAGGAUACAUUGGCUGCUUACCGCACAGCUGCCGAUGCGGCAGCUCGUAUACAGGCGGCAUUCAGAGAGCAGUCACUGAAGUUGCGCACCGAAGCAGUCGAGAACGCGAGUGCAGAGGAUGAAGCUCGGAGCAUCAUUGCUGCAAUGAGGAUUCAACAUGCUUUUCGUAAUUACGAGACCAAGAAAAAGAUGGCUGCUGCUGUUCGCAUCCAGUACAGGUUCCGCACAUGGAAACUAAGGAAGGAGUUUCUCAAUAUGCGGCGCCAGGUCAUCCGGAUACAAGCUGCAUUCCGAGGGUUCCAAGUCAGGAGACAUUACAGGAAGAUCCUGUGGUCAGUCGGAGUGCUCGAGAAGGUAAUCUUGAGGUGGCGUCUGAAGCGGAAAGGCUUACGCGAACUCAAAGUCGAACCAGUUGAAGCAAUUGAAGAAGACGGACAGCCAAUUGAUGCAGAGGAGGAAUUCUUCAAAACCGGUCGUAAACAAGCCGAGGAGCGUGUGGAGAGAGCUGUUGUAACCGUUCAAGCCAUGUUCCGGUCCAAGAAGGCGCAGGCUGAGUACCGAAGGAUGAAACUGGCCUAUAAUGAAGCUUCGUCCGAAUAUGACAGUCUUCUUUCUUUCGACGACGAGAUGGAGAAAUGAAGGGAGAACAACAGCAGAAGAGAACUGAGUAACAGAGGACGGAUAAUAUUGGAAAGGUAUUUCUCUAGCUAAGGACUUGUUUGGUAGCCUGUACAUUAUCUGCCUAAUGACACUAUGCAUUAAGCUAGAGGUUAACCUUUAGGUGUGCAGUUGUUGCCUUUUCAUAGUUUUUUUUUUCCAGGUAUUGAAUAGGUCCCCUGUGGUUUAGGUGUGAAUAUUACUACUGUUGUAUCUAUAUAGCCAUGGGGAAGUUGGUGAUGGUGAUUUUUAGGGGUUGAUUAGGUUUUAUCGACAUCAACAGUUCUGCUAUUUGUCAACCGUUUCGUCUGUUAUAAUUAUCUAUCUUUGAUCUUGCUAUUUAUUUAUGAGAAAGAAAAAAAAGAUAAAUUUGUAGCUAGAACGUAAUCCCAUUUUAUGGAAAAGGGAAGAAGCUGCAAUCUGACUUCUCAUAGUUUCUCUUUACAUGUGCUUGUGUUGCUUACUGAAAUGAGAAAGAUGUGACGAUGGAUCUCAACUACGUGUUUGAUUGCAACUAAUGCAAGUUUGCGUGAGACGGUUACACAAUGGAUGGAUGAUUGAGAAAAAUGAAACGAGUGGGUACCAAUAUUUAGAUACUUUGCGUUGGACAGAUGAUAUGGCGGUGUGAAUUGUCACUGUCGACCUCUUGACUAAUGUGGAGAUUGACGAGAAAUUGUUUGAGGUAGUGACAACUCAUUUAAACAAAAUUGGUGUAGCCGGCAGUGCGUCGGCUACAAGCUCUCGACUGGCAAGUAGAAGUUGUUCAUGUGUAUCGGGAAGGGAACGUCGUCGCAGACUACCUCGCCUCUUUUGGACAUGGACGUUCGCCUGGUGAUCACUUUGUGGAUGCUCCUAGUCCGCUUUUAAACUAUUGGCUGUAUUUUGACUGUAUUGGAGUUCUCACUCAUCGUUUAGUAAGCAUUGAUUGAAGGUUGGGUGCCCUUAGCACCCCGUUCCCCACCAAAAAAAAAAUUAACUAUUGUUGGGAGCAUAAAUGUGUCUAGUUAGCACUUAUGCGGAAUUCUUGGGUAAAUGCCACAUUUGAUUACUGGGAUUACUAAAUCGUGUCAUGUUUAGUCACUAGAA